AUGCGAUCGCCGGCGCGGCGCGGCGCCGCGGCGUCGGCGGGGGACCUGGUGACCACCCAGGUCAGCCUGGGGGGAUUCGACGCCGGCGUCGCUGCGGGGGACCUCGCCGACUUCCUGGAGCACGAGGCCGGCCAGGUCUGGCGGUGCCGCGUCAAGACCUCCUGGACGCCGCCGGACUCCUACCCGGACUUCGCGCACGCGGCCUCGGCGGCCGCGGCCGCCGCGGCGCCGCCGCGGUACGACCGGGUGCCGCCGCACGCGUUCGUCCACUUCGCGCGCCCCGAGGGGGCGCGGCGCGCCGCCGACGCCGCGGGGAGGUCGGAGCUCAUCCUCGGGGGGAAGCCCCUGCGGGUGGCGUCCGCGCCGGACAGCUCCCUCCGCGUGGCGCGCAGGCGCAGCACGGAGCCGUUCCGGUUCCCCGACGUGGGGCUCGAGGUCGGCGCGCUCCCGGCGCAAGACGCGUUCCUCGCCGCCUGGCGCGGGCCGGCCUCCGGGCUCGACCUCUCCGUCGACCCGUUCGACGGGUGCUGCCGCCUGGUGUUCACCCGCGACACCGCCUUCACGUUCCCGGGCUUCCGCGAGGUCGCCGUCAUACGCUGCGACGUCAAGCUGGAGUUCUCGGUGCGCGACGUCGUGGAGGUCCGGCUGUACAGGCUCGACUGCUCGCUGCUCCUCCGCCUCAGGGCGGCGCCGCUGGUUCACUACCGCACGGCUGACGACGACUUCCACGAGUCGGUCCCCUUCGACCUGCUCGACGACGACGACCCGUGGAUACGGACCACGGACAUCACCCCGAGCGGCGCCAUUGGCCGGUGCGGGGUGUACAGGAUCUCCUUCCCGGCGCGGUUCUGGCCAAAGAUGGACCGCGCGCUGGACUACAUGAGGGAGCGGAGGGUGGCGAUCGUGGACUGCGGCGGCGGGCGGGGGCCGACGAGGCGAGGGCUCACGGUGCAGGACGAGCCGGAGUUCGGGAAGCCAAUGGAGGACGUCUUCUUCUGCUUGCAGCACGUCGAGGGGCUCAGGUUUCCGGUUUUGUUCCUCGUGAACGCGUUGGUGCACAAGGGGAUCAUCAACCAGCACCAGCUCACCCCUGAAUUCUUCAGUUUGCUGAGGAGGAAGGCGGAUGACAUCAAUGUGGCUGCAUUGAAGGAUUUCUGGGGGGACAAGUUCCCUGUGUUUGAUGCGUGCAGGAGGCUAAAGAAGGCGCUGGAUAGGGUGGCCAGGAACCCCAAGCUUCUUUGCAGCAAGAUUGGGGAUGACAACGAGGAGGUGCGGAGGCUGGUGAUCACGCCUACCAGGGCUUAUUGUCUGCCUCCCGAAGUGGAGCGCUCAAACCGUGUUCUUCGGCGUUAUCGAGAGGUGGCCGACAGGUUUUUGAGGGUGACUUUUAUGGACGAGGGUAUGGAGAUGCUGAACAACCAUGUGCUCAACUCCUUCACUGCACCAAUUGUCAAAGACUUGAUGUCAAAUUACUUCCAGCAGAAGACAACGGUGUAUAAGCGUGUCAGGCUGUUGCUGACGGAGGGUUUCCACUUGUGUGGAAGGAAGUACUCAUUUCUUGCAUUCUCGUCGAACCAGUUAAGGGACAAGUCAGCUUGGUUCUUUGCUGAGGACAGAAAUACAACGGUGGAAGGGAUUAGGAAGUGGAUGGGACGUUUCACAAGUAAGAAUGUUGCGAAGCACGCUGCUCGAAUGGGUCAGUGCUUCUCAUCUACAUAUGCAACUGUGACAAUGCAACUGGACGAGGUUGAUGAGAAUUUUGAUGAUAUUGUACAUAAUGACUACAUUUUCUCUGAUGGAAUCGGCAAAAUUACCCCAGACCUUGCAUUGGAAGUUGCUGAGAGGCUACAGCUGACUGAUAACCCCCCAUCUGCUUAUCAGAUCAGGUAUGCAGGCUUCAAGGGUGUCAUAGCUGUCUGGCAAGGAAAUGGUGAUGGGAUACGGCUAUCCCUGAGGCCAAGCAUGAGGAAGUUUGAGUCUAGCCAUUCGGUGUUAGAGGUGGUCUCCUGGACAAAGUUCCAGCCAGGAUUCUUAAAUCGCCAGAUAAUAACAUUGCUAUCCUCACUGAAUGUCCCAGAUGCUAUCUUCUCUCAAAUGCAAGAGACCAUGCUUUCUAACCUGAACAAUAUUCUAUCAGACAGAGAUGUUGCUUUUGAGGUUUUAACUUCAUGUGCUGAGGAUGGAAACACUGCAGCAUUAAUGCUUAGUGCUGGCUUUGAACCUGGAUCUGAACCACACUUGAAAGCUAUGCUCUUGGCUAUAAGGUCUGCGCAAUUGCAGGAUCUUUUGGAAAAAGCAAGGAUAUUUGUGCCAAAGGGAAGGUGGUUGAUGGGCUGUCUUGAUGAGCUUGGGGUUCUUGAGCAAGGGCAGUGCUUUAUUCGGGCCUCAGUUCCAUCACUGAACAGUUAUUUUAAGAAGCAUGGGUCAAGAUUUUCAUCUGCAGACAGAAACACAGAGAUCAUUGUGGGUACUGUGGUAAUAGCAAAGAAUCCCUGUCUUCAUCCAGGGGAUGUCCGCAUCCUUGAAGCUGUUGAUGUGCCUGAACUGCAUCAUCUGGUUGAUUGUUUGGUGUUCCCCCAGAAAGGCGAGAGGCCACAUGCUAAUGAGGCAUCUGGGAGCGAUCUUGAUGGGGAUCUCUACUUUGUGACAUGGGAUGAGAAACUUAUACCUCCAGGCAAGAAGAGCUGGAAUCCUAUGGACUACUCCCCACCUGAAGCAAAACAGCUGCCACGUCCAGUAUCUCAACAUGAUAUCAUUGAUUUCUUCUUAAAGAACAUGAUAAGCGAGAAUCUUGGUAGGAUCUGUAAUGCUCAUGUUGUUCAUGCUGACCUUAGCGAGUAUGGUGCAAUGGAUGAGAAGUGCAUUCACUUAGCUGAGUUAGCGGCAACUGCUGUGGACUUCCCCAAGACUGGCAAACUUGCUAUAAUGCCGCAACACCUUAAACCAAAAGUCUACCCUGACUUCAUGGGAAAGGAAGAAUCCUUGUCUUAUAAAUCUGAAAAGAUUCUAGGAAGGCUUUAUCGGUCAAUCCAAGAGGCCUCUAAUGGGGAUGUGGUGUCCGAAGAGGUUUGCACUCCAAACGAUCUGCCUUAUGACAUAGAUCUGGAAGUUCCUGGUGCAUCAGAUUUCCUUGCAAGUGCUUGGCAAUGCAAGUGUUCAUAUGAGGCACAGCUGAGUGCGCUGCUAAAUCAGUACAAAGUACACACUGAAGCAGAACUUGUGACAGGGAACAUAACGUCUGUUACUAAGUACAACAGCAAGAAGCAAGGGGAGAUAAAAGAGAGGCUCAAGCAGGCUUACUCUGCGCUACGCAAGGAGUUCAGAAGUACCUUUGAAAGCAUAGCAUCAGAUCAAUGCGAGCUUGGUGAAGACGAGAAGAACCUGCUCUACGAGAUGAAGGCGUCAGCGUGGUACCAGGUAACCUAUCACCCCAAAUGGGUCGAGAAGUCAAGGGGCAUGCUGGACCCAGAUGGUGAGGGUAUGCCAGCAAGGCUUAGCUUUGCAUGGAUCCCAGUAGAUUACUUGGUGCGGAUAAAGCUAAAGUCCCAUGGAAAAGUGAGAGUUGAAGGCCAAAAGCCUGUCGACAGGCUUGCAACAUACAUCUCCGAGAGGUUAUGAUGACUGUAUGCAAUCCGCAAGAUGUUCCCACCAAUCUAAGGUCGCAGUAAGACCACUCUGCCAUUCGUACUGCCGUUUCAGGGCAUCUGUACAAAAUCUUUUCACUUUUGUUCACUUCAUUAUUCUACUGAACUUGAUCUCCCGAAUGUUUCCUGUGUGCUUUUGUUCCUGCUUACAUGCCCCCUCAAGUCUGAAAAACUAUACAUUUCAGAUGAUGUGGUUUAUUAUGAAAUGAACUAAGCUUUUCGUGAUAAUUUGUAUUCAAUUCAGGUUCUUAUUUGUGUCAAAGAUGAGGGUGAUAAUUUGUCUUCUCGGUCGUCGAUCCAGUGUUGCAGCGACACCAGAGUGUGCACCAACUGGAGAUGUGCACAGCAGAGUCAUAUCGCCAAAGUGAAGGGACUGAAAAUGAGUUCUCAAAAAAAAAAAAACCGACUGAAAUGCUUCUUACUCAAAUUCUUGACGAUGAUCUCGUCUCCUUACAAGUCUAGGCUGUCAUCUAGCCAGUAAACUUGCUAAGAGUUUACUGGAUUUACUGACAGUGUCCAUCGUCAAUUUUUGAAAUAAGCACGCAUGCAGUUAUGAUUUAGGUCACUUUUGAUGCAUCCAGUAAUUUGUUGAAGCUUGUGCAAUUCGGUAGCAAACCAAACUUCAAGAGCAUAUAGAGCUGGUAGCAAACCAAACCUCAAAAGCAUAUAGAGAUGGUAGCAAACCAAACUUCAAGAGCAUGUAGAGAUGUAAGAGGAAAACAUAUCAUGUGCAUUGCAUUAAGGCUUCAGGAUGCAGUCAUGGUACACAUCGACUAACAACU